AUGCCUACCAAAGUUACCAGCAGGGCAGCAAAAAACAGCAAAAGUUCACCAAUGGAAAAAGCCAAGUCAAAAGAUGUUAAAAAGACACCAGCGAAAAGCACAAACAAUAAGGUUUCUAAGCCUGUGGGAAAGUCCAAGAGCCCGCUCCCCACUUACAAAGAGAUGAUCAUCGAAGGGAUUGCGUCUUUAGGAGACCGUAAUGGAUCUAGUCGGCAGGCUUUGAAAAAACAUAUUUCAGGGAAAUACACGUUGGGUGAAGGGUUCGAAAAUCACUUCAAUUUGGCAGUGAGACGCGGUAUCGAAUCUGGUGAAUUCUCACAACCAAAGGGGCCCUCCGGGCCCUUAAAAGUCGUGAAGAAGCCUGCUCACCCCAAAACUGAAAACACGUCUGAACCCAAAAGUCGUGGUGCAGCUAAAACCAACGAAACAGAAGGCGCAAAGCGCGGAAAGGAUUCUGCGUCCAAAAAGGUGAAAGAAGAAGAAGCUCCCAAACCAAAGGAAAGAAGAAGAAGUUCUGCUUCCUCCAAGUCAGCUUCUACCAGCAAAAUGAGCAAAAAAUCUUCGAUGCAGUCCAAGAAACCUGUUUCCAAAAUCUCUUCAAAACCCAUAGCCAAGCCUGUUGCCAAACCUGUAAAGUCUACCGCACGCAAAGUAGCGGUUGCUUAG